UUCCCGCCAGUAUUCCAUGUGAGGCAGGAAAGGGUUUGUCAACACUGUGUGCUCGGGCUAAGUAAUAGCACAAGUGGUUUAAAUCUGAAAAGACAAGCCACGAUGUGGAUCCAGGUCCGAAGCAUAGAUGGGAAGAAGACUGUUCGUGUGGAUGACCUGUCAAAAUUGACUAAAAUAGAGGAGCUGCGUCAAAAAUUAGUGGAUCCAUUCGAAGCCCCCGUGGAAACACAGCGUCUUUUUUUUCGAGGAAAACAGCUUGUUGAUGCCCACACCCUGUUCGACUAUGGCGUGAAUGUGAACGACUUGAUCCAGUUGCUGGUUACUCCAGGGAUCAAAGCGGCGUCAGAUCCCGCGGACAAACACAGUCAGAGCUCUGGCUACUCGAGCGCCGGAGAAGAUGGAAACAGCUCGGAUAAGGAAAACCAGAAGCCUCCACCCCCCAAGCCAGAGACCGCUUCUAGUAGCUGCGAGGCAGAAGACGAGGACUGCUCAGACAGUGUGUACAAGCUUGGUGAUGUCGUUGAUGCUCGAGACGUUACCAUUGGGGCAUGGUUUGAGGCAAAGAUCUUGAAAAUUCGAAAAAAGAAAGAUGACAAAGAAGAGGACGGUGGUUCAUCAAAAUCAGACACUAGCAAAAUCUCCGCAUCCACGUCACGGACUAUUCUGGGUGAAAAUGCGGAGUUCAAAAGUAUGUUGGAAAAAGACAAGACAAAAGUGAAUGCUAAGCAUGAAGUGAUGGAUUGUGGUGGAGCUACCACGCCCGUAAAACGAGACGACUCUGAUUCACAGGAGGGAGAGGGUGGGAGGGAGGUAACGAGGGAAAAUACAGACACAAACACAGAAGAUGCUCCUGGAAUAACAGACUCUAGUGAAAAUUCCAAGGAACGUAUAAAAAGUGAGAAUGACACAAAUGUUGAAAUGAAAGGUGUGGAUGAAAAUGCAAAUGAAAAGUUGGAAUCUUCCAAAGACAUUAUCAAUCCAAAGACAACUGAUGGAUACGUGUAUCAUCUAAUAUUUGAAGGGUAUGAGGAAGAUGUGGUCGAGGUCAGCUCCAAUAACAUCAGACCCCGGGCCAGGGAAAGGGUGAAGUUGGGCGAGAUCAAGUGUGGAGAUCACGUGCUGGUCAACUACAACUACGAUGACCACGCAGAGAGGGGGUUCUGGUACGACUGCAUCGUCUCCGGGAAACGAGACACACGAACAGUCAAAGAACUCCUAGGAACUGUUUUCAUCGGUGCUGACCUCAUGCCCCUUGAGGAUUGCAAGGUUCUAUUCGUGGAUGAGAUCUUCAGUAUCGAGAAGCCAGGCACUCAACUCAACGAGACCCGGGAUGCUGACAAUCCAGCGAUAUCACCUGCUAAACGUAAGAACAAGCCGGAGUGUGACCAUUGCCAUGACAACCCCCGCAGGAAGUGUAAACACUGCGCGUGUUGCGUGUGUGGGGGGAAGGACAACCCAGACCGGCAGAUCCUGUGUGACGAGUGCGACCAGGCGUAUCACCUCGACUGCCUCAAUCCACCCCUCCAGACCGUGCCGGAUGAUGAUGAAUGGUACUGUCCGUCGUGCAAGGUGGACACCAGCAGCGUGGUCAAGGCCGGCGAGAAACUGAAGGAGAGCAAGAAGAAAUCCAAGAUGGCAUCUGCUACUUCUAAAAGCAGUCGUGACUGGGGAAAGGGUAUGGCGUGUGUGGGACGGACAAAGAUGUGUACUCUUGUCCCGCCAAACCACUUCGGCCCUGUGCCCGGUGUGGAGGUCGGCAUGAUGUGGAAGUUCAGGGUACAGGUGAGCGAAGCAGGCUGUCAUCGUCCCCAUGUUGCUGGCAUCCAUGGCCGCGAAGAUGAGGGAGCGUACUCCAUUGUGUUGUCGGGAGGCUACGAGGAUGAUAAGGAUGAUGGAGAUCAGUUUACGUACACAGGAAGUGGAGGUCGUGACCUUUCUGGCAAUAAGCGCACAGCAGAACAGUCGUGUGAUCAAGUUCUAACGAGGAUGAACAAAGCCUUGGCCAAGAACUGCAACGCACCCAUCAACACGAAGACAGGUGGAGAUUCCAAGGAGGGUUGGCGAGACGGGAAGCCAGUGAGAGUUGUCCGCAACUGCAAGGGAAGCAGACACUCCAAGUAUGCACCGCUAGAUGGCAAUCGUUACGACGGUAUUUACAAGAUUGUGAAGUACUGGUCGGAGUCUGGCAAGUCAGGUUUCUUGGUGUGGCGCUACCUGCUGCGUCGAGACGACCCCACACCGCCACCCUGGUCUGCCGCCGGCAAGAAACGCAUCAAGCAGAUGGGAUUUGAGAUGCAGUACCCGGAUGGUUACCAGGAGGCUCAGGCUCUGAAGGAGAAAGAGAAGGAGGAGGCUGCCGAGGCCACGCCCAAGGGCAGAGGUCGCAAGAAGAGGAAGGCAGAGGACUCCCCUGUCAAUACUCCUAAGAAGUCGAAGGUGUCAGAGUUCAAGAUCGAGUCGGAGCAGAUGGACCACAUCAAGGAGGACAAGCUCAACGAGAAGCUGUGGAAAGAAGUGAUGGAGUCCGCCAAGGAGGGGCGGCCGAAAUUCAUCCAGAAAAUUGAAGAGACCUUCAUUUGCAUCUGCUGCCAGGACGUGGUUGUCAAACCUGUCACGCUCGAGUGCUGUCACAAUGUCUGUAAGUCCUGUCUUCAGAGAUCAUUCAAGGCGGAGGUCUACUCCUGCCCCGCGUGUCGCUUCGAGCUCCCUCAGAAAUACAACAUGCCCAUCAACACCAGCCUCUCCACCGUCCUCAACCACUACUUCCCUGGCUACGAAGCUGGACGAUGAGAUCAGGGUUAACCCUUUUAAGGAUGAACACGAACAUGUGAACCCUCUCUAUGUCAGAACCCAACUGAUCAGGAAGAAUGGAGUAGAAUUAGGCAUUAUAUGGUGGAGUAAGGUGUUUUCAGCUGAUCAGGAGUCAUAGCACCGUGCCAAUAUAUUGCACUUAAUCAUGCAGCAUUUACAGGCCUAUUGAACAUGAUGGUGUCCAUCCCUUACUGGUAGUAUACAGCUGCUAUACAGCUGCUAUAACUAUAUUGUUUUACACAAUUUGUGUCAAGCUUAGAGAUGCAUUUAUUAAUAAUACAAACUGAAGUCAAAUAUAUCUACAUUUAUAUAGGUCUUAUUUCAGAUAAACAAUAGUAUCCAAUGAUAUUCCGAAUGUUAUUCCUCAUCUGUUUUGUUCUAAUGAAUGAAUUAAAUAAUGGUAUUCAUUGGUUGAAGUAUUGUGGUAGUCGUGUCAGUCAAAAGUGCUUAUUAGUUCCAUGUUUUAGAAUAGUUAGGCAGCUUAAAUUAAGAAUGAAAUGGAAGAAUGUAUAUAUUUACAUAAUCCUGGUUUUAUCACGUUGUAUUGAAUUUAGAUUUUAUUGACAUUCCUAUUGGAUCACAUGCCAUAUUUACCUCCAAAGUUUAUGUGUUUUAUGUUUUUAUUGACAUGUUUAAGGCAUAUAUCUUGAAAGUAGCCAUCUAGGAAAGAGAUAAAUUCACAAACUUGAUUUAUUAAAUGGAAUUUUUAUUGACAUCUAAGUAUGGAACCUACAACCUCCGAUAAUGACGGGUUGUUUGCUGUGAGGAAUUGAAUUGAUCUUUCAAGAGUUGAAAUGUGAAAUGUUAAAUGUUCGUGAACAGUACUAAUGAAGUUAAAAGAUGGUGCUUGUCAACUAGUCCAUAAACUUAUACCUGUUUUAUUCAGAUAAAGGAACCUCCAUAUCAAGUGGGAAACUCCUCAUGUUUUUUGUUUAUAGAAUUCACUUUCAUUUGCAUGCAUUGAUUUUAUUCCUGAAACGCACAGAUGUACAUAAUUUCUGUAUUUUGUAACUUUUAUCCCAUUAUUUUUCAUUCUAUAUAAUAGUACAUAUAUUCAAAUUAGUCUCAUACUCGGUGGUUUCAUCUGUAGUGUUUUUACUGAGUUGUCUCCCUUGAGCGUAAUGGCCGGUAAUGUUCAAUAGCAUUUACAUGACUUUCUCAUUGUAUACUACAAAUGUAUCAUUCUUUUUGUCAGGGAGUUCUAGUAGAAUUACAAUUGACUUCUUUAGAUAUUCUACUCAAAAGAAGUUAAGGGCCACCUGUUUCGUUCAUAUUGCCAUGGUGAACAUGUCCCUAAACUCUGUUGAGUAAUAUUCUGUACCACUACAAAUGUAUGAAUUAAAAAUAGGAAAAUUAAUGUCUGGAUUAAUAAAAUACAAAUAUAUACACCUGCUACAUGUUUUUGGUUGGUUUUGGUUUAUGUCAUCUUGAGAGUAUUUUUAGAACUAUUAGAAUCAAUUUGUCACAUUAGAUAUUGCUAUGAAGGAGAUUGAAUUUUUGACAAGUAUCUGGUGCUUUUUGUUCAAAUCGUUUUGAAUCAAUUUCUUUAAUAAAUACUUCUAAACAGGUGAUAGCAUUUUCAGAGGAGCAUGGUUUAUUUUGUAUUCAACCAAUAUAUAUUUCUUGAAUCGGGUACUUAAAGGUAUUGGCAUUCUAGAAGUUGGUGAGUAAAUAAGAAAACGUACAACUAAAAGGAUAACAACCUCUUGUUUAUUGCAUUUAGCAAUGUUUCGAUGUAGAUUGUUUCACCGUUAUCUGGCACUCCAGCUUGACAAUGGUGGAAUACAUAGCGAAACAUUGCUAAAUGUUGUGAACCAGAAACUGUUAUCUAUUACGUCGUAUGUUUUCCUAUGCUUAAAGGUAAACUUGAAGUUCGGAGAAGCUAUUUUUGCGUCUUGAAUCUCAAAUCUGGAUCAUGAAGCUGUUAGUUAUUAUUAUUUCCCAAUUUUGACCUCAUUUAUUUUGAGUUUUGUGAACCACGUUCCUGCUUCUGACAUCACAUGCCUUGUGUUUGUGGGGUUUUCAGGUCAAGUCUUGGUGAUGAUGUGCUCAACAUUUUAUAGAGGUAUAUGGAAUGUAUGAUCCUUUAAUUAAAAGUGCAUAUUUUUUAUGCUAGUUUGUGUUAAAUAAACUCUUCAAACAGC